ACACACACUGACACCAAAGGUAAAUAAGUGUCUGUGCAGGUGCUUCAGUCAAAGAGAAGCAACUCCAGCAACCCUCCUGCUCUGUGGUCACCCUCUCAGCAAAAUGUCUCGUGAUUAUUUUCGAUUUUCCUCAAUAAGGAGCAGUGCAAGAAACAGCACAGCCACCGUCGCUCUUAACAACGCAGCAGAUAUCUCCGUUAUUGUGAUUUACUUUUUGGUUGUCUUGGCUGUUGGAGUAUGGGCUAUGGUCCGCACCAACCGAGCCACUGUCGGUGGCUACUUCCUUGCAGGGAGGAGUAUGGUGUGGUGGCCGAUUGGAGCAUCACUCUUUGCCAGCAACAUUGGCAGUGGCCACUUUGUAGGAAUCGCUGGGACCGCUGCAGCUGCAGGAAUAGCCAUUGGUGGAUUUGAAUGGAAUGCUCUUAUAGUGGUUGUCAUUCUGGGAUGGCUCUUUGUGCCCAUCUACAUUAAAGCUGGGGUGGUCACAAUGCCAGAGUACCUGAAGAAGAGGUUUGGAGGACAGCGUAUUCGCAUCUAUCUCUCUGUGCUGUCCCUCUUCCUGUAUGUUUUCACCAAGAUCUCAGCAGACAUGUUCUCGGGCGCCAUUUUUAUCAACCAGGCUCUUGGGCUGAAUAUCUACCUUGCUGUUGUCAUGCUACUAUUGAUCACUGCACUGUACACUGUCACAGGUGGAUUGGCUGCAGUGAUCUACACAGACACCUUACAGACCAUCAUCAUGAUUGUUGGAUCUUUCAUCCUUAUGGGCUUUGGUUUCCAUGAGGUAGGAAGUUAUGAAAACUUCCAGGAGCUCUACAUGGAGGCCAUCCCUUCUAUCACGGCUAACAUUAGUGCGACCUGCUACGAGCCUCGGCCAGACUCCUUCCAUAUUUUUAGGAAUGCAAUCACAGGAGACCUGCCGUGGCCUGGCCUUGUGUUUGGACUCACCAUUCAGGCCACCUGGUACUGGUGCACUGAUCAGGUGAUUGUCCAGCGCUGCCUCUCAGCUAAGAAUUUAUCUCACGUUAAGGCAGGCUGUAUCUUAUGUGGCUACCUGAAGCUGCUGCCCAUGUUUCUCAUGGUUUUCCCCGGGAUGAUCAGCAGGAUCCUCUAUGCUGAUGUGGUGGCAUGUGUGGACCCAGUUGAAUGUGAAAAAUACUGUGGGGCUAGUGUGGGCUGCACCAACAUCGCUUAUCCCAAACUGGUGGUGGAUCUCAUGCCUGAUGGUCUGCGCGGUCUUAUGCUGUCGGUGAUGCUGGCCUCUCUGAUGAGCUCACUUACCUCCAUCUUCAACAGUGCCAGUACUCUCUUCACAAUGGACAUCUACACUAAGAUUCGCCGCUCGGCCAAUGAGAGGGAACUCAUGAUUGCCGGCAGAGUGUUUAUCUUGGCCCUGAUUGGUUUGAGCAUAGCAUGGAUCCCUGUGGUGCAGUCAGCCCAUAGUGGUCAGCUCUUUGACUACAUCCAGUCCAUCACCAGCUACCUAACUCCACCUAUUGCAGCUGUCUUUAUGCUUGCCAUCUUCUGCAAACGUGUCAAUGAGUCAGGUGCAUUUUAUGGCCUCACAAUUGGCCUGUGUAUUGGCCUGUCCAGGAUGAUUGCUGAGUUUUCUUAUGGGACUAGCAGCUGUGUUAACCCCAGUAACUGUCCCACCAUCAUAUGUGGAGUCCACUACCUCUACUUCUCCAUCAUCCUGUUUGUUGUGUCCUGUAUCAUCAUCCUGGUAGUCUCUCUCAUGACCAAACCCAUCAACGAAAAGCAUUUGUAUCGGCUGUGCUGGAGCCUCAGGAACUGUACGGAGGAAAGGGUGGACCUUGAACAGGAUGAUUGGGUUGAUAACAAAGACUCCAACGACAUGGACAAAGAAGAACCUGAGGAGGAGCCAGGCUUGUGCAAGAAGGCAGUGAUGUGCUUCUGCGGCCUGGAGCAGCAAAAAGCCCCCAAGUUGAGUGCAGAGGAGCAGGCGGAGCUGCAGAAGAAGCUCACAGACACCACAGAGGUGCCUCUAUGGAGGAACGUUGUCAACGGCAACGCCAUCAUCCUCCUGUGUGUGGCUGUUUUCUGUCAUGGUUUUUUCGCAUAAAGAAUCUCGAACACCCAAUUGCUCACGGAUACUGUAAUUUAUAUUUAAGUGCCAGGAUUUUUUAUGAAUGUAAUUUAUGACCACAUGAAUUGUUCAGGAGCCCGCAACCCUCUUUCUAUAUUGUAUCAUUCUGUUUGUAUGUCAUGUAUGGCUACUGAACUCCUCCAGGACAUAAACUAUAUUUUGUAAAGUACCUGCCCGUCUAAAACUCUAAACAUAGUUCAACACUGUACACAGGUCAGGUGUAAAAAAAUUUGAAGGUAUAUAAUCCAUUUCUGUUUUUGUUGUUUUGCAGCUAAAGUAAACCAUACUGUAAUAUAUGAACACAUAUUACACUUAAAACACGUUAAUGUUGUAUAAUAAUAAGAUUGUCCUGACCCCCUACACAGUUGUAGGUCUUCCAGUGUUAACUAUGAGUUUUCGUCCUUGUCUUUACUGUUGCCUUUGUGAUUGUAAGCAAUCACAAAGGUCAAAGAUUAAAAUAAUCAGACUGCUUUAUUUUAUUUGAUCAUAAUGACUAUGGUACUUAUUCUCACUCAACUCAAAUAAAUGUCUCUUUAUUGUCUCAUUGACUUUCUAGUUUACAUAUAAGUGACGAGAAAGUGAAUUGACCCAGGUUAAUUUUUAUGUGUAUUAAUUCAGUGCGCUGCCUUAAAUCAUAAAAAAAGAGAGAUCACGUGAUAAACAAAAUGCCAGAAACGUACUCGUAGUACAUAACAGAUGUGGGUUUCUGGUUACUGGUAAUUAAUGUAUUUGCUACCUCAUUCUACCUAAGCCUUGUUUUUCUCAUUAUGUGUGCUCAAAGUCCAUGAGUGCUGUCACUUCUUAAAUCUAUACACCUUACUGUUUGUUGUUUUAGGUGUAAAUGAAUAAAAACAUCUCAGGGAAGAAGGGGUGUGAAUUACACAGGGCACUGUCUGGCUCCCUUUGCUUCCCUCUGGUGGUUCAAUGUUGUUCCAGCUGGAAAUGUAACUGGUUUGCUGUUUAUUUUAUCACACAUUAAAUUUCUGGUCAAAUCUGCUCAUACUGAGGUAAAUUAUAUAUUUUAUGUACUUGGUAAAUAAAUUCUUAAAGACAAA